GUUUAACUCAUGGGGGAUACCCACGGUAGGGGUAAGUCGAAGUGUGCGCUGCCUGAGACUCGCUUGUUUAGCGCCAGUAGCCAACUAGACCGGAUUGCAACGCAGUGUUGUUACUCUUUCGUGAACAACUUCGCGCGCAGUGCUCACGUGGUGAUGGUUGUGUGAACUUUGAACUCUUAAAAAAGGUGAUUCUUUGACUUGGUGGCAUGUCAUAGUCUUAAAAAAAGUGAAUCAUCCGCUAGAAAUUUAUGGUCAACCAGUAAAAUCUUUAAUAAGACGAAUCAGGAUGCGAGGCUGACAUGGCAGAAGGGAGCGUCGAAGAAGACAGCGGCGAUAUGUUAGGGCCAACAGCGACACCCAUUCUUCAAACUCCUGCUCCUUCCAAUAUGAGUGCUAAAGACGAGGAGAGCGACUGCGAAAGCAGCGUCGGCUCGCCCGAACAGGCGUCGGGGGUUGAGGGUAACACGGAUUUGACCAUGGGGACCAAGGGGUUGCAACCCAUGGGGCCCGAGGCGAAGAUACCACCGAAUGUCUCCGCAGCGGCACAUCUUAACGGAAUGGCUGGUUUGGUGACGCUUCAGAACCUGCAGAACUUGGCCUCCCUGCAGCAAAGUCUUCCUCAAGUGGCAUCGCUGGCAGCCGGCCUCCAAAACAUGGCCAGUCUGACAACAGGCAACCCCGUGGUAAACGCACCACUUAACCUCAGCGUCAGUGCUUCAGUGGCCACCUCCAGGACAUGUCAGUCAGGAAGCAACACCGAAGCGGCCGCUCUUAACCCGACGCAGUCGACGGGGGCAGCGCUGCCGCCGCCACCGCCGCCUCCGCCCAAUCCCCUUUUGUCUUCGCAGCAACCGGCUCCCAUGCCGCAGUUUAUCCUGGCUUCAGGACAACUCGUCCAAGGCAUCCAAGGGGCUCAACUACUCAUACCCACGUCACAAGGUUUAGCGACUCAGACAAUCUUGACAAUUCCGGUAAAUCAUGUAAAUAGUUCCGAUCAAAUGGUGAAUUUAGCUUUAAAUAACGGCCAGGUGGUUACGACGUCUUUAGCCAACCUCCAGGCGAUGGCGCAAACGAACCUCCUCAACAACACCACAAACGCCGUUCCAACAACCAACGGUUCCAUAGGCCCUAGUCUCCUAAACCCCGCGUCUUUGAGCCACCUCUUGACCAACGGAGCCCCCCAACAGCUCCUCCAACCCAUGCCCUCCAUGUUAAAUACUCCUCCACUUAACCCCUUAGCGCAACCCCUUCUUUCGACAGCACCGACGCUGUUGACCACUCCGACCACCCAAACGACACCACCUCAUCGAAAUCCGUUAAUUACAACCUAUUCCGAGUCGAAAUUGCACCACCAGCAACCCAUUUCACGGAACCCGUCGCCACCCAAUGGUAGUCCCAUGGGUCGGAUGGCCACAACCAAUGGGGAAAUUACCAUCACGACGUCGGCCGGACCUAUACCUAGUCAAAAUUUGAAAAGGUCGCCUUCGUCACUCUCUCCGAAUUGUACAGAUAGCUCGACGGCAGAUCUUCUAGUGGAUUCGCCAAACCAGCCAACCAUCAACCAAACCAGCAGCAACGUGGUGGACGGCAUAAACCUCGACGAAAUCAAAGACUUCGCCAAAGCGUUCAAACUCCGUCGUCUAUCUCUCGGCCUCACGCAAACUCAAGUGGGUCAAGCCCUCAGCGUCACCGAAGGCCCAGCGUACAGCCAAAGUGCGAUAUGCAGUGCCCUGGCGUCUCAGAUGUUUGCAGCCGCGCAACUUUCGUCUCAGCAGCAAGCGAUGUUUGAAAAACUAGAUAUUACGCCAAAGAGUGCACAGAAAAUCAAACCCGUGCUGGAGAGAUGGAUGAAGGAGGCUGAGGAAAGUUUGCUCAAUUCCAGAUACAAAAGUGGCCAAAACCACUUGACCGACUUCAUAGGCAUCGAGCCCUCGAAAAAGCGAAAACGAAGGACAUCGUUCACUCCUCAAGCUUUGGAACUCCUGAACGCCCAUUUUGAACGAAAUACCCACCCCUCAGGAACGGAGAUAACCGGUCUGGCCCACCAGUUAGGUUACGAGCGUGAAGUGAUAAGGAUAUGGUUUUGCAACAAACGACAGGCAUUGAAAAACACCGUUCGGAUGAUGUCGAAAGGAAUGGUGUAAAACGUCUGUGAUUUGACUCUAACCAGUUUAAGUGUAAAUAAUCGCAAACAAUCAAUUUUUGUAUAUAAUCGUGUAUAAAAUACUUCAAAGAUUGUUGUAAUUGUGUGAUGGUAUGUACAUUAUUACGAUGAGAAUGCGCAAUUUUUUAUUAAGUUUACCGAAUCGCACUGGAACAGACGAGCACUUAAUUUAUUAUUUUAAUGUAAUAAACUGAUUCAUGAUGACUGCUUUUAUUACUUACUACAUCCCUCGGAGUGACGACGUAUACGAUAUUAUUACUUAGGAAGUGACAAGACAUAUCCCGUUUCAGUAAAUGACCAAAAUUCGAAGAUGGAUGAAACGAUUUGAUCUCAACAAAUCAUUUUUAAGUAAUUUAGUAGGGGGCGACCCCGAAUGAAACCAAAGUUCCUACUAGUACAUAAGCGAUGAUACAUGUUGUAAAUAGGUUUAUGAAAGUUUAAUUUUAGUAAAUAACUUUACUAAAUUCUAUGUCAGAGUAGAAAUUUAUUGUGAAUUAAUUCUAGUGAUUCUGGUUAAAUAAGUUAUGUGAAUGAAAUUGUACUUGUUCGUAUUGUAGAUGUACGCAGAAUAAAAGAAUCAUUGUGGUAA